CUGGUGCCUACGCACCUACCUCUUGAUAGUGUUGAUGCCAUCUGCCUCUCAACUUUAAACUCUUCCUUCUCUAUCUUCACCUUUGUUUUCCUCCCUUUUCCUUUCUUUUCUAUACGCACAUUUUCUAAACCAUCCAGGUCAUCGUCUUCCUUCUGAACUACUUCCGAUUAUCGAUCUCGCUCUCCAGCCACCGAGUUUCGCUCAUUCUCUCCUCCCGUUGUAACAAAAUGUGGGAAACAGUCAAACAUAAGAAGCAGGGGAAUCAGGGGAUAGACAAACAAGAGAGGGAGAAGGGAGGGAGAAGCAAGCAAUACUGGCAGAAGCAACGCCGGGAGAAGCAAGAGAAAAAGAGGCAGGAAAAAGAGAAGCAAGAGAAAGAGGAGCAGGACAGGGAGAAUAAGGACAAGGAGAAUAAGGACAAGGAGGAGCAAGAGAAAAACACGCACGAGAAGCACGAGAAAGACACGCACGAGAAGCACGAAAAGCACAAGAAUGAGGAGCAAGAGAAGCACAAGAAGCAAAAUGAGACUGCCCUUGAUUGGCUCCAGCAACAGGUUCAGGCCCUCAAACAAAAGUACCAAGCAUUGGAACAAGGCAUCCAAACGGUCAAGGGAAAUAAUCAGAAAUUCGGUGAAGAGAUCGACCAACUACGAGAGGAGGCGCGGAAAGCCUUUGAAGAGCUUCAGAUAUUUUACACAGAGGCAGUAACUGGAGAGGCUCAUGAGAUGACGCAGGAAAUGCGCGAUCAGGUACGAGAAGAUGAGGACUUCUUUGAGGAGCUCAUUCAAGAGGAGAUGCGAUCAAUUGCGAGAAGAUGAGAUGCUCCCCGAGGAGUAGACGCAGGCAGCCAGUGAGGGAGAAAAGUCGAUGCAGUUUUUAUUGAUAUGGGGAGACCGCCUCACACGACAAAUACUCAUUGUCGUGCGUCCCCCGGUCAUUUCGCAGAUUACAUAUUGGAGAAGCUGACAAGAUUCAGGAUGGAAUAUCUUCUCCACAGAGUUUUCC